AGCGGGUUCGGGUUGGGUCGGGUCUCCUCGGUCCCCGGGCGCCCUUCCCCCGCCCGCAUGUGGUCGUGCAGGCUCCUACGUGCCUGGGAGCAUGCAAACGGUGGCCCGCGGUGGUGCGGCUUAACCGCGCCCCAGGAGGGUGCCGAGGCUCGCCGGGAGGAGGGUGGGAGGUGCAUGCUUCUCCUCUCCUCGCCUGGACUCCUCUUGCCUUGGGGAAAAGCCUGUAACCACCCAGCUGAGGGAGAACCAGACAGCUGAAAACCCCGAGCUUCCCUCUCGCCCUGCUUCCUUAAGGAUAAGCCCUCCCAGCCCACGCGUCCCCGGGGAACUGGGGCGUCCCCCUGCUCUCGCCGCCCACCUGUGGGAGUCCGGUCCCGCUGCGCUCUGGGGAACCUGUGGCGCCGCGGGGCCCCCAGCUGCGCACUGUUCCUGCCCCUCCGCGUCACCCUGGGCCUCCGGGCAGAGCCCUGGUGGCUUUGAAAGGCCUGUCUGUCCGCUGCCGCCUUCUAAGAAGUUGGUGAUAUGGCAAAGCAGUACAUAGAGAAGGGUCUUUUGGUUCCAGAUCAUGUGAUCACACGCCUAAUGAUGUCGGAGUUGGAGAAUAGGCGCGGCCAGCACUGGCUACUAGAUGGUUUUCCUAGGACAUUAGUACAGGCUGAAGCCCUGGACAGAAUCUGCGAGCUGGAUCUAGUGAUCACUUUGAACAUUCCAUUUGAAACACUCAAAGACCGUCUCAGCCGACGUUGGAUUCACCCUCCCAGUGGAAGGGUGUAUAACCUGGACUUCAAUCCACCUCAUGUGCAUGGGAUUGAUGACAUUACUGGUGAACCAUUAGUCCAGCAGGAGGAUGAUAAACCUGAAGCAGUUGCUGCCCGGCUAAGACAGUACAAGGAUGUGGCAAAGCCAGUCAUUGAAUUAUACAAGAGCCGAGGAGUGCUUCACCAAUUUUCUGGGACGGAGACUAACAAAAUCUGGCCCUAUGUUUACACGCUUUUCUCAAACAAGAUCACACCUAUUCAGUCCAAAGAAGCAUACUGAGCCCGCCCAAUGAAGAACCAGGAAGAUGUCAUUCAUUCAGUUGUAUGUGUAGUAUUGGUGCCGUGUCCAAAUUAGAAGCUAGCGGGGAUAGCUUGCAGCGUCUUUUCUAGUCUAAAUGGUGAACUGAAAUGAAAACAAAUGAGGAGAAAGAGUUAAUGAAGAGGCUCUUCUCUGCCUUUCUGAUGAAGGGUCACCCACACAUGUCUAGGAUGUCUCUGCACGUCUCAAGCCCUUCACAAGAAAGCACGUACAGGCUGGAUUUCAAAGGGUGUAUAACCCAAACUCUAGCUGAUUUCUGACCAUCACAUUGUUGCCAUAGUAGCCUUUUAACAUGUGAUGGUGUUGGCCUCUGGUUCUCCCUGCCCUCCAAAGGCUGUUGAACCACAGCACCAGGUGGCCUGAGAAUGCCAAGGGCAGUAGCCCCGGCCUUGUCCCAAGUUCUCUGGUAUGUGCCCUUCCUGGUGACCGUGCGAUUGAAGCCAGUUGCUCUGUGGUCACUUCUCUGGCCUUGAGUGACUGUCCACAAUUAGCUUUUCUGUUCGGAGUGAUACCUUUUUCUGCCUCCAUGCUCUGUAGAGUCUCUCCUUUUUCAGACAUCCUGGAAUGAAAGGAUUUGGCUUCUAGUAUUUUUAUUAGACUAUAUUUUGGUACAUCUGUUUUCUCCCUUCCUAGACUAUGAAGUAAUAGAUAGUUACUGCUUUUAUCUCUCUCAGAUUCCUUUCUAAGAGCCGAGAGCGAGGGGAGGGUGUCCAGAUGCUUCUUGCAGCAGGAACUGAGCUCUGCAGAGGGUCUACUUACGCUGCUGGGCUGACCCUCAUGGGUUGACACUGCUCUUUUCUUUUAUCAUGAAAAAAUAAAAUCCUCAAAGUCUUUGGGAGUCUUCAGAAAAAUGGGAGAUACUACAUACAUGUUAAAGAAUCAUAUCUUGUGUAUAGAAGUAAUAAGACCAUAUGGAAUUACUGCACUAAAAGAAUAGUUUAGCUUUUUAUUCAAGACAAAAAAAAUGUAUUUUGAAAUGCUGCUAAAUAUUGAUGCUGACAGUGUUUUUCUCCUGUGAGUGACCCAAACAUAUUAUAAAUAGUUGGUAAAGGGAAUGGGGCCUGUGGGUUGAGGAAAAUGUUGCACUAGCUGUGCCCAGACUGAGUAUGACAGCUUUGUGAUUAUGGGAAAACAAAUUCUUAAUUUUUUUUCUUUCUAUUCCAAAGAUGCUUUCUGUGGGGUGGCCAUUAAGUCUAGAAAUAUAGAUGAUACAAUUUUGUCAUUCUUUGUAAUGUAAUAUCAAUAAACCAUUUAUUAAAGAUUUGCCUGGUUUCCAGACUUGGUGGCCACCUAAUGUAAUUCUGGCUCUCCUCUGGGAAGGACAAUGAAAUUUAUUCCUGUUGCCUUAAAAAUAAAUACCCCUCUUCAUGCAUCGUGAUUGUCCCUAAGGAGGGUUCUUUGCUAUUCCUGAGAGUGACUUCUAACUCCUCAUACUGAAGAGAAGGGGGGGCGAGGAGCCUAUUUCAGCACGCCUCUGGUGUUGCAAUGCAUUGUUUAUUUUCUGAAGAUGUCCUGGAGAAUCUCCAGUCAAUUCCCUGGCAGAUGUGUUCUGUGUGGUAAUGAUUGCAUCUUCCUUACAAAUAUUGCCCCGCUCUUGACAGUUCCUCUCCUCUAUAUCUUCGUGAGAAUGUUCUUUGACUACCUUAGUGGAAACAUAGACUGGUCUCCUCCUCAUUCUCUGAAUCACCAUGUUACUUUUUGGGUGUAUGCAAUGGAGAUGCCCAGUUCAGGUCUGUGAAACAUCAGUGCAUGAUAUGGACUUCUAGUGCUUUAGAAGAGCCAUGUUUGAAUGCCGGUUGGUGGGGACAGGGUGAAAAUCAGACCUGUAGGUAAAGCUCAGGUUUCCUGGGGAACCAGGUACGGAGAAAACAAACCUGAUAUGAAGAAAGUUGCACAAUUUAGACUAGUACUGCCAUGGAGACAAUUUCUAAAAACUAGGAAAAGUAGAGAGUUAAGGUUGUUUUAUGGGUAAUUCAAGAGAGGAAAGUGUGUGUCCUUUUGGAAGUAGAAAAAUCUACAUGACUCUUCCUUUAUUUCUCUUUGUGUUUAACAGACUCCCUUUGGAGUUUUUGAGAGAGUUAUGGGAAAUGGCUGGUCCCUGAUGCCAUACUCUAGUUCUCAAUCCUUCCCUCCUCUCCUCCAGCAGAAUAGAUAGUUAUAGUCAGUGUGGGAGCCUCUCAGUGUCUCAACGGCAUUUGCUGUUUCUGUGCUUGGUGAGGGCCCUGUGCUUGGUGAGACCAAUAAAAAAGACAAACACCUUUUCCAUGCGUCUUUGAAAGAUGAUACUUAUUUCAUGUUCAGUGGCCUAAAAAGUCUAUUUCAGAUUUUCUUCAACAAGCUCUCUAGCAUUUUCUCCAGUAAUUUUGUAAAAAAUUAAAAUUCUCUUGAAAAUAUUUUGAUAAAAGCUAAAGGGACAUCUUUUCUUGGUUUUUCUUCUACUGCCACAGAUACGGUUCCUUCACAGUUCUGCAAAGAGAGUAAUCUGGGUGUCUGUAAGAUUCCUACCGGUCCACAUAUUCUGUGAUUUAGCCAGUUGUGAAUUAAUUUUGCUUUUCAUUGUCUGAACAGGCUUCCCACUUACUUAGAACUUGGAGACAUUGCUGUGUUUAAUAUCCUUUAACACUAAGGCAGACAUAAAAUAAGUAUCAUUUACUGAAGGCCUUUGGGCGAUAGGUAAAGUUCUAGGACCUUAGCAAACACUCAUUUAAUCUUUCAAGCAUCCUUUGAGAUAGGCAUGAGGCCAUGUUUAUGAACAAGGAAGACAAGGGUCAGAGAUGUGAAGCAUCUUGCCCAGGCUCUUGCUGCCAACAGACAGUCCAGCCAGGACUCACACCCAGGUUUUCCUGAUUCUGCAGCCUGAGUUUGCUCCUGGAUGUUAACUAUCUGUGUCCUGUCCCAACCAACCUAGGGUGCUGAGCCUGCUUGAUUUUGCUCGUAUUUCCAAGUGGCCUCAUCAAAAGUAGCAGAAGUGACAUUCAGCUCUAUAUGGGACUGUUCUCCCCCUCCCCACUUUGCUUAAGCAAAGGGAGCUGCUAGAGGAAGAUCUGAGCCUUUGAUCUUCUUUCCUAACUUCUCACUUAUAAAAUGAAAGGCUGUUGAAAUAGGCUGGGCUUGGGUCCAGGCUAAUCUGUGGAGGGGUCAGGUUCCUUCAUGUUCCUCACCUACCUAUGCUUUUGGUAUCCAUGGUAUUGUACCCCUAAGAGACCUUAACACUUCAGCCGCCUUCAACUAUAGUGCUCCCUGUAGAUCUGGGCUUCUGGGAGUUAGAUGCUACUCACUUUUCUUCCCUGAUACCAGGAGAAAUCACUCCCUCACUCCCACCCCCAAAUAAGGCCCUGAUGAUAAACAUCCUUCCUGAAGUGCUGGCAGGUAAUGGAGCCCCCAGCAUACCAUCUUGCCUAUGUCACAUUGCAUAUUAACAUGAUCUUGAAUGCUACAUUCACACCUUUGCCUGCCAUCUGAUGUGGCACUGUUUGUCAUGCACAAUUCUGGCGGAAACCAGGGGAGAUUGGCUUCCUGUGUUAUCCGCCCUGCCCAGGGUUACUCCCCACCACCCUCCAGCAGCCAAGCUCAGAUGAGCUCCAGCUUUACCCAGGGUGUGCCCCUCCCUUUGGUGGGGAAGGAAAAAGGUAAUAACAGCCAAUGGAUAAGGGGGAUUCUUGGAAAGAGCUACUGCUGUGGCUUCGCCCACCUACCACUUAAAAAUGUUGUUGAGACAGGAUGGUUUUAGAUAGAUGGGUGCCUGUGCAAAACCAUAAAUAGGACUGUUAGAAAAUUUAGUUCACUAAACUGACUUCAGUAUUUGACUUUAGCUGUUUAGCAGUUUAAACAGCUUACCAGCCUGCUGGGGGUCCUGCUUAGGUCAUAAAGACCACAAAUUUCAAAUAUAUUAAGGCAUAGGCAUUCCUAGUAGUUCCUGUUUAUUGGUACUUAAUGCUAAGUGCAUUAUGUGCAUUGUCUAAUUAAAUCUGCAGUAGUUACCCUAACGUAAUAGAUGUUUUAGUUAUCUUGCCUCUGUGUAAAAACUGCAA